CACUGACUCCACUCUUUUGUCUCUGCGCUACUCUUCGUCCCAGUCUGUAUCUGAUCACACAACGAAACACCCCGAUUCUACCAAUCCUCCCGCAGCCAUGGCCUCUAAUAACAAUAACAGCAUAUCCCCCCUCAUCAAGCCUCUCGCCACGCUCGCAGGCUGGACCUUCGUGCAGCAAAUCUGGAUGCACACCACCCGCAUCCAGGCAAUCGGCAGAUACAACAUCAGCAUGGACCCCUCUAUCAAUGACGCCGAGCUCGCCACCAAAGUGCCCAUCGAGUACCGGCGCGUCGCAAACAACUACAACCACCUGCACGAGCAGCCGACGGUGUUCUAUGCCGUCACGCUGGCACUGGCGCUCGUGCGUGAUGACAGUGUGUAUACGCUUGCGGGUGUCUGGGGUUAUGUUGCGGUGCGAGUUGUGCAUUCGUUGUAUCAGAGCUUGGCGAAUCGCAUCAUGACUAGGUUUAGGAUCUUUGCGGCUGGGUCUGUCGUGUUGGGCGCGUUGACAGGGAGGUUGGCAGUUUUGGCGUUUGCGUAGAUUGUGGUUGUUUUGAGGUGGUGGAGAGGGUGUUGGAGAUGCGCUCCCGGUAACUGUUUUCUCAACCAUUAGAAUUAAGAUCGUAAAGUCUGUAGAUAUAUAGCUACCUUGAGAUGGCGAC